CUGGUGACAGUUUCGUGAUAAGGGCUCUCUCGCUGCAGCCACUGAUGCAAGGGUUGGCUGCCUUCACUGUGUCCCACAUUGAAACUUUUAGCUGAAAGUUGAUAUUUGAAGUAGCGUGUUGUGUAUGGAUAGAGGUAUCUGGUCAUCUGACAGCACGGGGCAGACCUGGUCGAGCAGGAUGGUUGGGAGGCGGUGUAUAUGUUACUUCAGUGCCAUCCUCUUUGUUACCUGCAUUGUGGGUAUCUAUUAUACAUACUUUAAAAGACCACCACUCGAGGAACUCAUGCGUAUGAACAGCAAAAGGACGUUUUCCAAUAGAGCCCCAAGCAACAGAAAUGAGACGGUGCUCAAUAUGAAUGAAGAUGAUUUGACCGAUGGGGAAGUAGACUCUAGUGCAGGACGUUGGGGAAGCUUUGUUCGGCGGAAUAACUUUGUAUCGGUGGGAGAAGUGUGGGACCGCGGCUGUGACGACAAAGGACGCAAGACAAUCGGGGCCGUCGUAAUGAUGCCUGACAAAGAAACAGGGGGAUUGAAAACCAGAACAUUCAUCAACUACACAUUACAUGAGGAUGUUGACGAAGGCGAGUUUUACUUAGAUGUGAAGUAUAACAACAACGACCUGUUCGACAAUCACUGGGACCUGUGUACACUAGAAGAGGAAAGCGACCAAGACAAAAGGACAAUUUCCUGCCCAUUAAAGAGUGGACCAAAGAGCGAAAUAAAGGACCGCGAGAUUCCCCGCUAUCUGCCCAAGGGCGAGUACUACACGCGGUCUUGGAUCACCAACCAGAAGGGGGUUGUUCUUAUGUGCGGCUAUUCGGACUUUGUAUUGUAGUGCACUGAGAAUGUCAUCAGUCCACAGUGUAAAGGCAGUCCACGACCAUGUGCUAUGUGUGCCGGACAUUCGCUGUGUACAGUCACUUCGUGGAGCUCCUGCUGCAUGGUUUCAUUAGACUAAUCUCUUUAAACAGGUUUAAGUUACUGUAAAAGUAGUGUUGUGUAAGGCGGCAACAUUGGCUUUUGAUGGAGGGCGGACUGUAACAGUAUACCCUUAUACGAGUGUGCGUUACUAAACUAAACUGACGGACAAAAGAAGGUACACACCACACCACACACUCCAGGUUUGUACUUUCUUUUGUACAUCAGUUAUUGCCACGGUAUUCAUACAAUGAUAACAUACCUCUGUGUAUUCUGUGUCUCAAUGACUGCCCGACUCGUUAAAUGGAGAGCACUUAGAAGUAUACUAACAUGUUGGCACAGCGGGGACCAUUUUGUGGAAGUCGCGGUGCCUGAGCGGGUUAGGCGGGUGACUUUGUGUGCUGGCGAUUAGGUUACUGACUCUGUGGGUGUGGGUUCGAAUCCCGGAUGGGACUCAACCCCCCAAAAAGAAUUAGAAUCUGUACUUUACUAAGAAAGUGUAAUCCCAAAUAUAACAUAUGUUAAGUCACUAUAUUGUUAGUCGAGACAAUUGAGUAAGUGACUGAAUGAACAGUAUGAUAGCAUCCCGAAGUGAGACGGAGGAUAUGGGUAUAUACUCGAGAAUCCGUACAGAACAUAUACUGUGUAAAUAUAAGGGAUAUUCUGUAUUGAGGUGUAACAGCACUUACAUACACCACCGUCUUCAAUGAAAGUAAGAGUUUUAUGUCGGACAGUUCCGAAGAAAGCAAGCUCUGAAACAACAUUGUGAAUGAAUUGUCAUGAAUUACGUAGCACGUGCAGGGGGAGUGGUCGGCCAGAUUUACCAUUAUCACCUGGUUGUGAGUGAGUGAGUUUAGUUUUACGCCGCUUUGUAGCAAUAUUCCAGCAAUAUCACGGCGGGGGGCACCAAAAAUGGGCUUCACACAUUGUAACCAUGUGGGGAAUCGAACCGGGUCUUCGGCGUGACCACUAGGCUACCCAACCGCCCCUCACCUGUGAGCAGAAGGUUUUCUGGGAACCAACCGGUCAAAGAAACAGUAUUGACCAUGCAACAGUUACGUGCCAUAUUCGUGCUGCGGGUUGUCAUCAGCAGAUCGUGGUCCCUAUACCAACGCAUAUACUAAACUCUGCAGAUGCCCUGGGCAUCAGCUCCGGCCAAGGAUUUUUCAGUUAGAUCGAUGACAUCGGUUGCAAACUGUAGAUAAGGGACCGUUUGGGACGGGCAAGUAGUUUCAGGAUACCUCACGGCGCGAAACCUGUCUGUGAAGUCCCUCCUGCAAGAUGGACUGUUUGCCAAUGACAGGAGCGCUCUUCACAUGAACUAUUUCCUUCACACAGUGUUAUUUCCAUGCCUGACCUACAGGCGGACAGUAUUUGUUGAGCGGUUCUUUUUUUCUAUUUGUUUUGUGUGAGACAAAGACCUGUAAAAUGAAAUAGUUACACAUUCUUGAUUUGAAUAAAUGAAAUAAUGAGGGAGCUAUCAAA